CACUCGUCUGUGAUGAUGGGAGUAAAACACAGACGGUAACUUCAGACACUGCUGAACCUGCCUCACUCGUCUGUGAUGAUGGGAGUAAAACACAGACGAUUUGCAAACAUGACAUAACUUCUACAGUUGUAUCAAGUUUGGAUAAAUGUGCCCGCUGUACUGGGCCCUAUUCUACUUUUAAGUGGAUUGGUGUGAAGUGCAAGAUCUGUUCAUGUUUCUGGCAUAAAUCCUGCUACAACCAGACUGUAACGCCCAAACCCGACACCCCAGACAAAUCAAAUUCUGAUGAAUUAUUUAGUGAUAACUCGGAUGAGGACUAUAUUCCCAGUGAUGCUUCACAUGAUUCAGAAUCUGAAAGGUUCUCUUUAGAUCCCGCUAAACCAAACCCUAAACCAAUCUCAUUCAUAGACAGCCAAGAAAAAAUUGAAGUUAUUGGGGCUGAGGAUACUACGGAAUUUGAGGAAGUGGCUGAGGAUACUAAAGAAUGUGGGGAAGGUCCAUCUGUACCGUCCACAGACAUAUCGACUUCAGUAAAUAAGAAUUUCUGUUUUAUUUGUCAAAAACCCCAAUCAAAAUUCACAAGACACCUGAAAGUUCACGAAAAAACAAAUGCGGAAGUUGCUAGGGCUUUGGCCUUGCCAACACAUUCCAAGCAACGUAAGAAAUUACUGGAGAACCUAAGAAAUAAGGGAAAUUAUGAACACAAUGCAAGUGUUUUAUCUGGUGGAUCUGGCCAAUUAAAAUUCAAACGUAAACCGAAGAAAAAUUACAAUCCAACUGAUUAUGUGAGUUGUGUAUAUUGCCAUGCAAUGGUCCUACGCAGAGAUCUAUGGAGACACGUACGAAACUGUCCUUCUAAACCAGCUGAUCAGGAACAACCAGGAAGAACUAGGGUACUGACUUUAGCAUCAAUGUCUGAUUCAGUUCUCUGUCAGCAGAUGUCACAGGAAAUUUGGAAACUCCUAACACCAAUGAAAGAUGAUGACAUCUCUGCUGCAGUGAGAAGUGAUUUCUCUAUCCUACAGCUGGCACAGUCAUUUUUAAAUAAACAUGGUCAAGAUCCGUCUAAAUAUGAUUACAUUAGACAGAAGCUCAGAGAGGUUGGAAGACUUCUUUUGAUCAUUCGAACGCAAUCUUCAUUGCAUACGAUUGAGGAUGCUGUUAAGCCUGCACAUUUUGGGAUAGUUAUACAGGCUGUCAAAACAGUAUCUGGGUAUGAUGCAGCAAAACACGCUUAUCGCACUCCAAGCCUUGCUCUUAAGCUGGGUCACUCUUUGAACAAGAUAUGUGACAUCUUACACUGCAGAGCGUUAAUGGCCGAAGACGAUGCAAGGAUUAAGUCAACCCAGACUUUCAAAAAGUUGUGUAAUUCUAAGUGGCCGGAACUGGUGUCUCAUGGAGCUUUAACCACUUUACACGAAGGACAUUUCAAUAAACCAUCCACCCUGCCGUUUACUGAAGAUGUUCAGCGUCUUCAUCAACAUCUUGAAACAGUCGCUGAAUUAGCUUCUGGGAACUUGAAGAAGACCGCAUCACCACAAGUUUAUGGAGAACUGUGCAGAUCGACGCUUGCAAAAAUUAUAAUCUUCAAUCGAAGGCGUGGAGGAGAAGUUGCAAGGAUGCAGCUUAAAAGUUUCCUAGAGAGGGACACAACUCCUCUUCACAAAGAUGUCGCGGUUGGGCUCACAAAAUUUGAGCAGAAACUUUGUGCCCAUUUUAGUCGAGUGGAAAUUAGGGGUAAAAGAGGGCGUAAGGUAGCAGUGCUGCUAUGCCCAGACGUGGUGGAAGCUUUAGGACUCCUCAUCAGCCGAAGACAAGAGUGUGGAGUUCUUGAUGACAAUGUAUUUCUUUUUGCAAGACCAAAGUGUUUGACUCCGUAUCGUGGACAAGACUGUCUGAGGAUUUACGCAGAUCAGUGUGGUGCUCAAAAUCCAGAACUCCUUCGGUCAACACAAUUACGCAAGCAUGUUGCAACACUGUCGCAGGUCCUUAACCUCAAAAACCAUGAGUUGGAUCAAGUCGCGGACUUCUUAGGCCAUGAUAUUCGUGUCCACAGAGAAUAUUACAGACUUCCAGAGGCUACAACCCAGCUGGCCAAAAUAUCUAAGCUUCUGCUUGCCAUGGAGAAAGGUUCUCUUGCAAGUCUUCAAGGCAAAACACUAGAAGAGAUUGAGAUUGAAGAAAACAUAAACUUAACUGACUCAUAUUCAAGUGAUGACAGUGAUGCUGGGGAGACAGAUCCACUGACAGGAAGUGAAAUUGGACCGAAGAGAGCUAGGCGACCUGUUGAGGAUUCUCCAGGCACCUCAAAUGAUGUUGAGACUGCUUUAGAUGAUCCAUCUCCAGCUAUUACCGAGAAAAGCAGGAAGAAGAUUAAGUGCAGCAAUAGGAAAGAGCAUGAACAAGCUGGACCGAAGAGAGCUAGGCGACCUGUUGAGGAUUCUCCAGGCACCUCAAAUGAUGUUGAGACUGCUUUAGAUGAUCCAUCUCCAGCUAUUACCGAGAAAAGCAGGAAGAAGAUUAAGUGCAGCAAUAGGAAAGAGCAUGAACAAGCUGUCGUACUUGAAAAUCCUGCUGAAAAGGAUGCCAGAAGGAAACAAAAACAGCCAUGGUCUCCGACUGAAAUCGCAGCGGUGAUGAGGCAUUUUAAAAGCCACAUCACACAUGGAAAACUUGCUUCUAAAAUUGAUUGCCAUCAGUGCAAGAGUUCUGAGCACCCAGCUUUGUCAACCCGGUCUCUUCAAAACAUUAGAGAUUUUGUCAGGAAUAGGGGUUUGACAAGAAAGAGGCAGGCCCAAAAUACUUAAUGUGUUUUGGUCAUUUUGUUUUGUGUUUUUCUCAUGUGUUAUCAAGGUUAUAAACUUCUUUUUUUCAAAUAUAAUAUGCUUUGUUCUUUAAUAUAUUAUUUAGUUUAUCAAAGUUACAUUUUAUAAUGCUUUAACUCAAUGCAUUUGAGUCUUGUAUUUUAUUUUUGAAAAAGCACACAUUAAACUUUUCUUCUU